CACCCACUGUUGCCAGAAGCAUACACGCUAAUAGAUGUGCGCAUGUUCAUUAGCUUGUCAGUUCACCUCUAUAAUAGGAAUCUCAAUAGGUGAGGAUAAGAUUGCCUGAGUGAAAUGUCCCCAAAUGAGGAGGGGGACUGUCCACACCAGGAGAAUGUGGAUGUACAGAAAAGGGAGCCGACGGGAGAUGACGGUCAGGAGGACCACGUAACAUGGGAAGACACAGAGGGCGAGCUGACGGGGCGUGAGGUGAACGAGGCCGUGGCCGGACCAGACAUUGACAAGGGCUGGGCCUGGAUGGUUUGUCUCUCCUGUUUCAUCGCCAACUUUAUCGUUGACGGCGUCAUCUUUUCUUUCGGAGUCCUCUUACUGAGCCUUUUGGAGUACUUUGAUGAGACCAGGUCUAAGACAGCCUGGGUAGGCUCCAGUUUGGUAGGCACGUGCAUGUUUAUGGGACCAGCGGUCAGCCUACUACUGGAGUUUUUCAGCUGUCGACAGGUGAUGAUUUUGGGCAGCCUCAUUUCAACAGCUGGGUUUUUCUUCAGCGUCUUUUCUCUAAACAUUGAGACGUUAAUCUUUACUUUCGGUGUACUCGGAGGUGCUGGAUUUGGUCUGACCUUCAUAACGGCUAUUCUAGCCGUCGGACUUCAUUUUAACACGAAAAGAGCGUUAGCAACGGGCAUAGCAACCAGUGGCUCGGGCUUAGGAACAUUUGCGAUUUCCUACUUGUCGGAACGAGUGGUAAUCUCAUACGGCUGGCAGGGAAGUGUGCUCAUUACAGCAGGGAUAGUGUGCAACCUUCUCGUGUGUGCAGCCUUAGUUCGUCCCCUUGUCAAAGAGCCCUCCAAUAUUUUCUCUAGAUGUACUUCAUAUUUUGUGAAAAAUGGACGCCAUAGGUCGACAACAUCAAUUCCGCCAGAAAAGGUUCCUCUCCACAGUGAAUCCUGUGAGGCACCCCCACCUGUGAUACGGGUGUCUGAGGGCCUCGAUAAUACUCCGCCUAAUAUACACGUACCUCGGACUAAAGUUCUCUCUAGUGUGGACAGACUCAUCGUUACCGACAAUCAGCUCAGGCUAUCUAGAAGUAUCGAACAAAUGACCUCUAAAUGUGAUACAAAGGUUCGGAGGUACCAGAGUGAUUUCCAUCUUCACAGCUUACAGGUUCAGGGAAAUAAUCCAAAAACAUUGCAGGAAAUCUUCGGACACCCUCUUCACAGGAAGGAUAUAUUUUACAGCGGCAGUCUGUACAACCUACCGGAAUAUCAAAGAGAUCCGAACAUGGUGUCCUUCCUGAUUAACAUGGCCAGUUUCAACUCAAGUCAGAAUCAAGCAUCACGUGAACAGUCCUUGGCUGAGAAAGAAUCGUCUAGACGAGGCUUGAUUCUGCAGGCUUAUAAAGACCUGAUAACUGACGGCCGCUUCCUUAUGCUGCUGGUCACCAUGGUGUGCUGGACAGGACAAGGCACAGCUGUGAUGUUUUUACCUGACCUGGCUGUCUCACGUGGGGUGUCGACCAUGCAAGCAGCUCUGCUAGUCUCCAUAGUCGGCGGUACAAACAUACUUGGCCGGCUGAUUGCUGGAUGGUUGGCAAAUCGCAAAAACAUCGACAGUGUCCUUAUAUACGCAUGCGCCUUGUUGUUGGAUGGCUUAUCUUCUGCUCUCAUGCCGUUUUGUUCCUCCUUCGCUCUGUUUGUGGUGUGUUCGUGUGUCUUCGGCUUGUGUAUGGGCGGAUGUGUGUCUUUAAGAACGAUAGUUCUCGCUGAUGUUCUGGGCAUUUCUAAGCUGACAAAGUCAUUUGGAAUCGUGGCAUUUGUUCAAGGCUUUGCAUUCAUUGUUGGCCCUCCAAUCUCAGGUGCUUUGUAUGACCACACCCAGUCUUAUCUACCCCCCUACCUGCUGACGGCGGCCGUGUACACUCUGGGAAUGCUCACCUGUGUCUGUAUACGAUCCGUCGAAAAGUGUCUGAAGAAGUCCAGAAGAAGAUGUAGCGAUUGAAUCUAGCACAAGAUGCAUAGAAAAGGCCAAAGAGCUCAUACUACACAAAUACCUUUAUGGAAUCUGUGGACAACAGAACUGCCAAAAUUCAGUAAAUGAAAAUAAAAAAGCUUAUCUCCGUCAGGAAAAGGUUCAGAUAACAUCUGUCAUGUCUAACAUCUUGAAGUAACAAGACUGACAAAGUUGUAGGCUGAAAACCUGUGACAUUCCUAUAGCACAAAGCAUAGAUGAAAAUGAUGGCUGUGUUAUUUCUGCAGUCAGGUUUUGAGCUGAGGCCUCAACAACAAAACACAGGCCAUAACUCUUGAUAGCAAGCGGAAGAUGCCCCUGAAGAAGUGCUUGAAGAAUUAUGAUAAAAAAUAAAAGACAACCUUCUAAUUUGCAGCAAAAAGUGUAUGUUGGUUUGAUUCCUGGAUAAUUAGAAAAGAAAUUGUUCAAUGCAAACGAAUUACGACGAAUUAUGACUUAAAAAUAUUUCAAAGCCUUGAUAGUUAGACAACAGACCGGUUCCAUGGGAAACAGACCAAGGUAGCAACAAAUGGAUAUAUACUUUUGGCAGAAAAUGCCGGAAG